GCGCAGGCGCGGCGGCGGCGGCCGCUGCCCGCCCCGUCGGGGCGGUGCUUGCGGGAGGCGAAGCGCUGCGGGCAGCGGCGCGCCCGGAGCGGCGGCACCGGCCACCGGCAUCGGGGCACCGGCACCGGGCAGGGCCGGUGGGGAAAGAUGUUUUCCUCAGUGAAGCCAUAUGAGAACCAGCGCUACGCCUCCCUGAAGAAGGCAUGCCAGCGGCGGAAGCAGCUCUUUGAGGACCCGCUUUUCCCUGCCAAUGAUGACUCGCUCUUCUACAAGUCAAGGAUCCAGGGAAUUCAGUGGAAGCGCCCAAAAGAAAUCUGCAGUGAUCCACGUCUCUUUGUGGAUGGCAUCAGCUCCCAUGACUUACACCAGGGUCAGGUUGGGAACUGCUGGUUUGUGGCUGCCUGCUCCUCCCUGGCGUCCCGGGAGUCUCUGUGGCAGAAGGUCAUCCCAGACUGGAAGGAGCAGGAGUGGAAUCCCGAGAAACCCGAGAGCUAUGUGGGGAUCUUCCACUUCCAAUUCUGGCGUUUCGGUCAGUGGCUCGACGUGGUCAUAGAUGACCGCCUGCCCACACUGCACAACCAGCUCAUCUACUGCCACUCCAACUCCAGGAACGAGUUCUGGUGUGCCUUGGUGGAGAAAGCUUAUGCCAAGUUGUCAGGCUGUUACGAGGCCCUGGAUGGAGGUAACACAGCUGAUGCCCUGGUAGACUUUACUGGUGGGGUCUCUGAACCUAUCGACCUGACCGAAGGGGACUACAUUGCUGAUGAAGCCAAGCGAAACCUCCUCUUUGAGCGUGUCUUGAAGGUGCACAACCGGGGAGGCCUCAUCAGCUGCUCCAUCAAAGCCACGUCAGCAGCUGACAUGGAGGCCCGCCUGGCCUGCGGACUGGUGAAGGGCCACGCGUACGCAGUGACAGAUGUGCGGAAGGUCCGCCUGGGCCACGGCCUGCUGUCCUUCUUCAAAUCGGAGAAGCUGGACAUGAUCCGCAUGCGCAACCCAUGGGGCGAGCGGGAGUGGAACGGCCCUUGGAGUGACACCUCUGAGGAGUGGCAGAAAGUGAGUAAAAGUGAGAGAGAGAAGAUGGGAAUGACAGUGGAAGAUGACGGAGAGUUCUGGAUGACCUUUGAAGAUUUCUGCAAAUACUUCACAGACAUCAUUAAGUGCCGUCUCAUCAAUACAUCCUACCUGAGCAUCCACAAGACCUGGGAGGAGGCAGUGCUACAUGGGGCAUGGACCAGAAACAGUGACCCCUUGAAGAACCGCUGUGGAGGUUGUAUCAACCACAAGGACACCUUUUUGCAGAACCCCCAAUACAUGUUUGAUGUGAAGAAGGCAGAAGACGAAGUGCUGAUCUCCAUCCAGCAGAAGCCAAAAAGAACCAGUCGCAAAGAGGGCAAAGGAGAGAACUUGGCCAUAGGCUUUGAUAUCCAUAAGGUGGAGCUGAACAGGAACUACCGGAUGCACACCCUGCAGCAGAAGGUGGCCAGCUCCAUCUACAUCAACUCCCGCAGCGUCUUCCUGAGGACAGACCUGAAGGAGGGACGCUAUGUCAUCAUCCCCACCACUUUUGACCCCGGUCAUGUAGGCGAGUUCCUUCUCAGGAUUUUCACAGAUGUGCCUUCAGAUUGCCGAGAGCUGACACUGGAUGAGCCACCACACACCUGCUGGAGUGGGAUGUGUGGUUACCCGCAAGUGGUAUCCCAGAUCCACGUCCUUGCUGCAGCUGGGCUCAAGAAUCAGGACUCCCAAGGAGCUGACCCUUAUGUGAUCAUCAAGUGCGAAGGGCAAAAAGUUCGUUCUCCGGUGAAGAAGAACACAGUGUCUCCAGAAUUUGAUGUGAAAGGGCUCUUCUACCGCAAGAAGCCAGGACAACCCAUCAUUGUUCAGAUCUGGAACCACAACUUAAUAAGUGACGAGUUUUUGGGCCAAGUGGCGCUCACGGGGGACCCCAGCGAUCGGCAGUCAGUGCACACACUGCACCUCCAGGACAGGGGGAACAGAAGAUCGAAUGAUCUCUCUGGGACCAUUGCUGUGAUGCUGCUCAGCAGCAACAUCCUCACCAACGUCUAAGUACUCAAGAACUCUUCUUCUGGUGCCACAGAUGUGUAUAUAAACAUGCACACAUACAUACAAACACACAUACACACACAUAGCCUACCUACCAUCUGCAAAGCCUAUAUGAACUAUGCAUGCAUUCCAUUCUUAGGAGCCAGUCUUGUGUUUUCAAUGUUAAAAAGUGGUGCCUUUUUGGGGAACCGCAACAAUCCUUCUGCUGGCAUCCUCUGCAGCCCCCAUCACCGCUGUGUGCCCUGGGGGAUCGCUGCAAGCACGCUGUGUGUCCUGACAGCCAGAGCACAACGCCCUGCUGCUGUUUGUUUACACAGGCUGGCACACACGUGCCACCAUGCACACAUGUGGCCACCGCGGUCCUACCAGCUGCUUUCAUGCAUCUUUGAUGUGUCUGCUUGGUUUAAGAGUAGUGUGUGUGGAGUCGUCUCCUGUGAAACUGCUGUUUAAUCGCUUAUCUGUGGAGGCACCUCAGCAAAGGAGAAGUGGAAAACAAGAUCAGGCCCUUUUGAAUGUGGUGCUGGGCAUGGGUUUGCAUAUUGCAGUUGGAAACAAAAUGCACCAAGGCAGUCCCAAAUCCCAAAUCCACAGGGGCAACAAGACUAAAGGUUCCAUCGUUUUAGGGACAAGCUGUUUCCUCCUGGGUCUUGUUCAACCCCAUGAAUACAAAGAUGCCAACAACUAUGGUGGGACAACUGUUCUUUGGGGUCAAGUUUUUGAACCGGUCUGGACUCAGCUCCUGCAUGUGCCUCGAACUGCCGUGGUGCCUGCUCUCUCCAUGGCUUCAUGCUGUCCCCAUCCCAAGAGCUCACCCCAGUAGCCGGGGUGGGUUGUCUACUGGGGCCAUUCAGUGUUUAGAUAAGAGGAGACCAUAUCCUCUGAAAGCCAAAGCAUCAGGUCCAAGGGAUAGGGAGCUUUUCUCAGUGGGCUCCAUCUUUACUGCUGCAUACAGUGCAUCAUAUCUCAGUGCCUCGCAUUCCCAAAUUCUCUAUGAAAAUAGUGGGAUUUUAGCUUGUGCUGGAGGAGCACUGCUCCCAGCGCAGCCUGAAAAUGCUGGGAAUCUUUGAUCCAUGCCAGUGUUCAUCUCUCACCUUUAAUUUCCAGUCUCCUGGCCUGGAGGAUGAGUUGCACAGUGCUAGAGCCAGUGUCACAAGCACAACCCAAGCACGUCCUCGGGGACAUGUUUAGGGCCAUGGUCUGCUUCUGUUCGUCAUGAAGACUGGAUGUAUCUUCCUUGUUCCACUGGGUGGCAGAAUCUGGCUUCUUCUAAACCAUCCCAGCUAAGCCAAACAACAAACCCUCCUCUGGCCUUUCAGCAGCUGAUCAGGGCAGGUUUCAAAGCAUUUUUUUUCUCCUGUUGUUUAGGUUCAGGGUUUUUUUUUUAAUUAAUGUGCCUUUAAAAAUGGUGCAAGUUAAGGGUUUUCUCUGUCAGGUUUUCUAACAAGAAAAUAUUUUGCCGCCACCUGUAUGCAAGUAGAAAUGGAUACAUAUGAUGAUGUAAUCUUUUAGUCAUGGUAGAUUUUGACCUGAGCAGAGUCCGACAAAUGAACAGGAAAGCCUUUUGUUGCCAUAACAAGUAGAGUUUCUGCUUGUCCUACUAAAUGCCUGUGUUUGUGCUGCAAGUCUGUAUCUUUUUUUUAAAAAGUCCCUAAAGUUCUGCCAAACCUGUAACGUCGUAAGACGUUCCCCAGAACCACAUUACCAGACAGCUCAACUCUUGGUGCAUCCAGAAAUUUACAGUACAACUAACUUAAUCGAUUUUUGCAGGCUGUUUUUCCCCUUUCCUCAGCUUCAGAGUUUGCCUCCUGGUUAUGAAUUGGGUUUUUGACCAAAUUGCUUAUUUUCUUAGGUCUUCUUUUCCAGGACUUAGAGGCAAGCGGUGGCCCACAGGAUGCUCUUUCCAGGUCUCAGUUAUUCCUGGCUUGCACUGAGUGCCCUCCGAUUCCUGGUGCCAUCACUGCAUGUUGCAGAAGUGCUUCAAAUACUCCUGGUUUGGUAAAGUGACAUUUUGACCCCAAGGUAAAGACAAUUCCUUGAAUCUGGGCAGACUGAUUCAGAGGUAUUUUGACUUUAUACUGGGUUUGUUCAUGGGACUCAUCACUGAAAAGAAACGAAAGCAGCAUUGUGGGGUUAGAAGGCGUGAUUUAGGUCUUAAGUGAAGAUCUCACAGGCUCAUGUUCAGCAUGGUAUGUGAGAGGGACCAUGGUGCCCAAAGUUACCUCACCUGGCAGGGAAAAGAGCUGUUUAGCUAAGGGAGAGCAUCACAGGAACAUCACAGGAGCUUUGCACCAUCAUCAGCAGAUGGGGGUAGCCAGCCUGCCUGCAUUUGCCUUGUUUUCUCAGCAGAUCGGGCUACUGAUAGCUUCAGCUCAAGUGCCCUGGCACGUGCCCAACCGCACUGUGAUCCCCAAGGAAUGGCGUUGGAGCUUGCUGAGGAGUAGCGGUGCCCUGGUACCCAUGGACAGCAUCCUUCCUGUCUACAGAGAAUCAAGCCAUAAAGAGAGGAAAGGCAGCUUUUAAACAGCUUCUUCAAUAAUAAUAAAAAAAAAAUCAUCACACUAUAUCAGGACCAAAAUGGCUUAACAUCAGUAAUAUCUAUCCUUUUUUUUUACCCCAAACUUUUGAAAAUCUAAAGCAGAAGCCUUCUUCCCCUUACAUUUCCAAUGGAAUAACAAAAAUUACCUUUGUUGCUUGCCUUUUUUUUUCUUUUUUUUUUUUUUUUGUCUUGGUUGUAGAGCAGAUGAGGGAGGGUAGUUAUUAAAAUGCCAUUCCUAAUGUGGAUGCCUUUUCUCUUUGAAUGAAGUAAACAGAAAUAUUCAGGACUUUUUGUCUGAGAGGAGGACAGGUCUGAUAAGCACUUUCCAGAGCCUCCCAGGUAGUGUAGGACAUGUCUCUGAUUUAUUUUCCACUUCUUUUGUUGAUCAUUUCAAUGGUUGUGAGUAGCCUGCCGUUACACUCUGUGAAAUCCAUUUCUUUUUGACAUGUCCGUGUUAAAACAGGCUACAACUUGUCUUCAUCUCCAAAGGCACUGAUGUGUCAUGCUGCACAAGCUCAGAGAGUGGUCCAAACAGAAAGCCAACGUUGUACAGCUGUAAAACUCCUAUAAAUAAAUUGUGUAUAUUUUAUUCGGA